UCACAUGUGUUUUAUAUGUUUAUAUCAUGUUUAUAUUGUGUUUAUAUUUUAUAUAAACAUAUAAAUUUUGUUCUUCACAUCACAGAUACCAAACAAAGAUUCUGUUUGCAGAGUAUGUGCCUGAUAUUUUGUUUAUAAAUUUCUCUAAGAAAUUUUUAUAUAUACAUAUUUGUGAACCGUUUUAAAAGGAGAAAUGGAUAUGGGUGAUAUCAAAGAAGAGGUGCAAAUCAUCCACGAUGUGAAGUUAGAAGAGAACUUAGAAGUUUUUGAACAAUUUAUAGAUGAAAAUGGAGUUCAUGAUAGAAGAGAAUAUAUAAUUAAGAAUGAAGAAAGUAACAUAAAUUCCUAUAUUAUGGAGACCUACGUAAAUCAGUCACCUGCCUCAUUCACCAAAGAAAUUUCUGGAGUAAUGAAUUCACCGAUCAAUAAAUCUGAAUGUCACCUGGUUGAUUAUUGUGCAGAUGAAGAAAAAUAUCUCGAUAAUACCUUCAAUUCUAAAGAUGACGAGAAACUCCAAGCUGAAUUAGAAAUCAUAGACAUUUUUGAACAGUUUAUAGACAAAAAAGGAGUUCAUGAUAGAGAAGAAUAUAUAAUUAAGAAUAAAGACAGUAACACAAAUUCCUUAGCUACAGAAGGUAUUGCAAAUCAAUCAUCUUCCCCUUUUACUAAAGAAAUGCCUGGAGUACUAUGUCCAGCGGGCAAUAAAUCUCUUCCUUUGAACAGCAAGAAUCAAAAGUGUGUCUCUUUGGAAGAAGAAAAGCCUCGAGUAUUAGAUCCUCUGAUGAAUAAUGCUGAAACAAUUCACUUGGUGCAGUAUGAAUGUGAUAACAGACUUCCUUCAAGUGAAGAAAAUUAUCUUGAAACUGACAUACAGUGUGAUAAUGCUUCUAGUCCUAAAGAUCACAAUAAAGAAAAUGUAAAGUCCCUCCAUUCAAAUAUCAACAAUCACAAGUGUAAUUUAUGUGAAUUUGUUUCAACUAGAAAAGACAGCCUUCAAAAGCAUGUCGAACGUGUUCAUCUAAAUAUAAAAAGACACAAGUGUCAUUUAUGUGAUUUUGCUGCAAGUGAAAAAAUAAGACUGAAUGUGCACAUAAAAUCCGUUCAUUUAAAAAUCAAGGAAUACAAGUGUCACCUGUGCGAAUAUGCUGCGAAUGAAAAAUGUGUCAUUGAUCAACAUAUCAAAAUGGUUCAUUUGAAAAUUAAAGAAAACAAGUGUCACCUUUGCGAGUAUGUUACAAGCAGAAAAAGUACUCUUCAAAAGCAUAUUGAAUCUGUUCAUUUGAGAAUUAAGGAUCACAAGUGUUCCUUAUGUGAAUUUGCUGCAAGCUUGAGAGCUGAUCUUGAAAUACAUGUGAAAUCUGUUCAUUUGAAAAUUAAGGAUCACAGGUGCCAUCUUUGCGAGUACGUUGCUAGUAGAAAAGAUACUCUUCAAAAUCAUAUCGACUUUGUUCACUUGAAUAUCAAGAAACACAAGUGUGAUUUAUGUGAAUAUGCUGCUAGUGUCAAGAAACGCCUUGAAGCACAUGUGAAAUCUGUACAUUUGAAAAUUAAGAAAUACAAGUGUGACUCAUGUGAAUAUGCUGCCAGUGAAAAAAAGGCACUGAAGGUACAUGUGAAAUCUGUACAUUUGCAAAUUAAGAAACACAAGUGUGAUUUAUGUGAAUAUGCUGCGAGUGCCAAGAAACACCUUGAAGCACAUGUGAAAUCUGUACAUUUGAAAAUUAAGGAACACAAGUGUCACUUAUGUGAAUAUACUGCAAAUGAGGAAACCAAACUUGAUAAACACAUAAGAACAGUUCAUUUGAAAAUUAAGGAACACAAGUGUCAUCUAUGUGAGUUCAUUACGUGUAGAAAAAGUUACCUCAAGAAGCAUGUUGACAAUGUUCAUUUAAAUAUAAAAAAACACAAGUGUGACUUAUGCGAAUAUGCUGCACCAGAAAAAUAUAAACUUGAUGUACACAUAAAAAUAGUUCAUUUGAAAAUUAAGGAUCACAGAUGCCAUCUAUGCGAGUACGUUGCUAGUAGAAAAGAUACUCUUCAAAAUCAUAUCGACUUUGUUCACUUGAAUAUCAAGAAACACAAGUGUGAUUUAUGUGAAUAUGCUGCUAGUGUCAAGAAACGCCUUGAAGCACAUGUGAAAUCUGUACAUUUGAAAAUUAAGAAAUACAAGUGUGACUCAUGUGAAUAUGCUGCCAGUGAAAAAAAGGCACUGAAGGUACAUGUGAAAUCUGUACAUUUGCAAAUUAAGAAACACAAGUGUGAUUUAUGUGAAUAUGCUGCGAGUGCCAAGAAACACCUUGAAGCACAUGUGAAAUCUGUUCAUUUGAAAAUUAAGGAACACUAGUGUCACUUAUGCGAAUAUACUGCAAAUCAGGAAACCAAACUUGAUAAACACAUAGGAACAGUUCAUUUGAAAAUUAAGGAACACAAGUGUCAUCUAUGUGAGUUCAUUACGUGUAGAAAAAGUUACCUCAAGAAGCAUGUUGACAAUGUUCAUUUAAAUAUAAAAAAACACAAGUGUGACUUAUGCGAAUAUGCUGCACCAGAAAAAUAUAAACUUGAUGUACACAUAAAAAUAGUUCAUUUGAAAAUUAAGGAAUACAAGUGUAAACUAUGUGAGUAUACUGCAGGUAGAAAAAAUAAUCUUAACAGUCAUAUCGCCAAUAUUCACGCAAAUAUAGAAAAACCUUUUGGGGUAAUUGGAAAAUGAAUCAUAGUUGGAUUUGAGGAAGUUUUUAUUGUUAUAAGUAUCAUUUCUUGUUCCUGUCAUUUAUGUUUUUUGUUAAUUGUUUUUUUUUUCACCGGUGAUUGAGACAGUGGAGUGACUUAUACCAAUCUUGAAUUGAAUCAGACAGAUUCUCGAACGUUGGCUAGUGAUUUAUAAAAUAAAGGAGCUAAUGUAAUUUUAAUUAUUUUAGAAAACUUGUUGUACAAUCGACUAUGUUAACAACCACGGUGUUGAUCUAUAGUUGUAUGGACUGAAUAAAUAAAUAU